GCAGCUCGAGAAUUGGCCCCCACGCUUUGAUCCCUCAUCGGCGCUGCCUAACACGACAUACUUAGCCUGCUUGAACCCUCCAGCUUCCCCUCACGUACUCCAUGCGUCCCUAGUAUCCCGUUUUUCUGUAUGCCUGACCACCUGGCAACCACCUCUCCAGCACAUAUUCCCUACCUCCAACAUAUCCAUACUUGGGGUUAGACCAGCGCCGACAAUGGCGCAGCUCGGCGCAAAAGGGCACAAGGCCCUGGCCGCAAACAUGAGCGCCCGUCGCUGCUCAGUCGCGCUGGGCCGUGGGGGUAGCAGCUCUAGCAGCUCUAGCUCCAGUUCUGGUAGCAUCGCGCAAGCCCCGGCCGGCGCCCGCCUCUCGUCGACCGACAACGGCAAGCCAACCUUCAAGGGCCAGAUGAUGCAGGGCAUCACGCAGCGCCUGGCCAAGGAGAAGGCCGACAGGGAGCGCAUGGAGCGCGAGCGCCAGACGAGCGCCCCCGCACGCAACGCCGCCACGUCGUUUGUAAUCCUCUUCGCCUCGGCCGUUGCCUACUACAUGGGCACCAAGCUGCCUCACGACCCCGACCCAGCCUCGACGGUGCCGCUCAGCGGGGCGCCGCAGCUCAGGCAGGUCAGCCAGGACGAGCUGCAGGCGGCCUGGGCGGACCUCGUGGCCAUCGUGGGCAAGGAGAACAUGAGCACCUCGGACUCGGCCCUCGACAGCCACUCGGGCUCGUCGUGGUCGUCACACCCGCGCCAGCCCGACGAGCGGCCCUUUUGCGUCGUGUGGCCGCGCACGACGGACGAGGUCUCGCGCAUCAUGAAGGUGCUGCACUCGCGCCGCAUCCCCGUCACGGGCUAUAGCGGCGGCACCUCGCUCGAGGGCCACUUCUCGCCGACGCGCGGCGGCGUCGUCGUCGACUUUGGCCGCAUGGGCCGCGUCGUGUCCAUCAACAAGGCCGACCUCGACGCCAUCGUGCAGCCGGGCCUGGGCUGGGAGGCGCUCAACGACGCCCUGGCCGAGCACGGGCUCUUCUUCCCGCCCGACCCGGGCCCGGGCGCCAUGAUCGGCGGCAUGAUCGGCACCGGCUGCAGCGGCACAAACGCCUACCGCUACGGCACCAUGAAGGACUGGGUGCUGUCGCUGACGGUCGUGCUGGCCGACGGCACCGUCGUCAAGACGCGCCAGCGGCCCCGCAAGAGCUCGGCCGGCUACGACCUCACGCGCCUCUUCGUCGGCUCCGAGGGCACCCUGGGCCUGGUGACCGAGGCCACGCUGCGCCUGGCCGUCAAGCCCGCCUCCACCUCGGUCGCCGUCACCACCUUCCCCAGCAUCCGCCGCGCCGCCGACUGCGUGGCCGCGGUCGUGGGCGCCGGCGUCCAGGUCGCCGCCGUCGAGAUCCUCGACGACGCCCAGAUGCGCUGCAUCAACGAGGCCGGCAUGACGACGCGCCACUGGAAGGAGGCCCCCACGCUCUUCUUCAAGUUCGCCGGCACCCCGGCCGCCGUCAAGGAGCAGGUGGCCCUGGUCCAGACCAUGGCAAAGGGCACGGGAUCCACCAGCUUCGACUUUGCAAAGAACGCCGACGAGCAGGCCGAGCUGUGGAGCGCCCGCAAGGAGGCCCUCUGGAGCACCGCCGCCGUCAAGAAGGACGGCGACCACAUCUGGACCAGCGACGUGGCCGUGCCCAUCUCGCGCCUGCCCGACAUCAUCGAGGAGACCAAGCGCGACAUGAAGGAGAGCGGCCUGUUUGGCACCAUUGUCGGCCACGCGGGCGACGGCAACUUUCAUACAAUCCUCGUCUACAACGAUCAGCAAAGACAGGCUGCCGUCGACUUUGAGCACCGGAUGGUGAAGAGGGCCAUCGAGAUGGAAGGCACUGUGACUGGCGAACACGGCGUCGGACUGGUCAAGAGGGACUACCUCCCCCACGAGCUCGGCGAGUCCGCCGUCGAUCUGAUGCGCAAGAUGAAGCUGGCAUUUGACCCGCUCUGCCUGCUCAACUGCGACAAGAUUGUGCGGAUGCAGAAGCCCAAGGCGGGCGAGGUUGGCGAGUGGUGAGGCACGUGGUUAAUAUAGGUGUAAUAUCACUUUGGCUCAGUAUACACGAGGCACCCACUGCCUCAGUACCUCCUCCCAUAGGCGCCUAAAGUUGGAUUCCCCAUGUGAGCAAAGCAGGUGGGCCAUAAUACAAAAGCCAACGCGAGCUUUCGUCUCUCCUCACA